GCCAACCACCAUUACAUACCUCGUCUUCCACGCAUCGUCGUCUGCGGAACACCGACACAUCUUCUACACUCAACAAUCCUCGUGCGUCAUGUCUGGCCGUGGAAAGGGUGGCAAGGGGCUCGGAAAGGGCGGUGCCAAGCGUCACCGCAAGAUUCUCCGUGAUAACAUCCAAGGUAUCACCAAGCCGGCUAUCCGCCGUCUUGCCCGUCGUGGUGGUGUCAAGCGUAUCUCCGGUCUCAUCUAUGAGGAGACCCGUGGUGUUCUCAAGAUUUUCCUGGAGAACGUCAUCCGUGACUCCGUCACGUAUACUGAGCACGCGAAGAGGAAAACCGUGACAGCACUGGAUGUUGUCUACGCUCUCAAGCGCUCCGGCCGCACGCUCUACGGGUUUGGUGCCUAAGCGAUUUGGGGUCAGUUUCCUAUGCUGUAUGGUUAUAUGCGUCACCCGCACAUGUACUAUCAUCCCAGUCUAGUAUAAUCUUCUUCAGCCCUAUCGAACAA